AGCUGACAGAAGACAAGACCUGUUGAUAUCAGUUGGUUUGUUAUUGUUAUUCUGUUAUUAUUCAGCUUAUCUAUAUAAACCAAAGUAUAAUAUAGGAAUAAUGAAUUUAAUUUAAUGUUGUUUAUUGAAUGCUUGAUAAUGAUAACACAUUACCAAAUGAAAAAGUAGAUAAGUUUCAUUCAGUUCAGCUGAUAGUUUUGAUAUUGUUAGAUGUUCAGAUGAGGGAGAUGUCUAACCAAGGCUAUGAGUCCUUGGAAAGUAUUAACAAUACACAUGAAAUUUUGAAUGAGGCCAAAGAUGAAGUAAAAUUUAAGAUUUAUGGAUAUAUUGAAAGCAGAUCAAGAACAUUUUUGUAUAAUUUAUUCAGUUUGUGUUUGAUUGGCAUACCAUAUAUUGUAGUAAACUUCUAUCCACGUUUGAAAACGCUGACAUAUCAAAAAUGCUCUUUGGACAGAGCAACUAUAAUAUUAGUGUCUGACAGUGAUGGAAAAUACUCAUGGAAACAAAUAACUUAUGAAAAAAUAACACAUACUGCCAGACCACUUUUUGGUGAAUUUAGAUAUUUUUUUUAUCAGCACACCAAGUAUGUGUGGUCUACAGAACACUUAGUAUUCGUUACUUUGGGAGAUCUCAUUCCCACUUUGACCAAUGACGAAUAUUUGAAUAAUACAGAUGGUUUGAAGAAAGAAGAAUAUGAAAAUAGGUUGAAUGUGUAUGGGAAAAAUGAGUUAGAUAUAAAGAUUAAAUCAUAUUGGACAUUAUUCAUUGAGGAAGUGAUUACUCCUUUUUAUUUCUUCCAAGUAUUCUCCGUUUGUCUUUGGUUAUAUGAUGAAUAUAUUGCAUAUGCAAUUUGUAUUUUUGUUCUGACACUUUUCUCAAGUUUCACAUCUAUAAUCCAAAUCAGAAAGCAACUUGUAGCUUUACAUGCUCUAGUUGAAUCUUCCAAAUGCCAUGAAGUCACAGUUUGUCGGCAGACUCAGGAGUCAAAUCAGGAUAUUAUAAAAAUAAACGCAGCCAAUCUUGUUCCUGGGGAUUUGAUAGUACUUCCAGCAGCAAAUUUGAUUAUGCCGUGUGAUGCAGUAUUGUUAACAGGCCAAUGCAUUGUCAACGAGAGUAUGUUAACAGGUGAAAGUGUGCCCAUAACUAAAACAGCCCUUCAGUCAAACAAUGAACAAUACAAUAUGGACACCCAGAAACGACAUACUCUCUUCUCGGGCACUAAUGUGAUGCAAACUAGAUAUUACGGCGGGGAGCAUGUUUUAGCCAGGGUCAUAAGAACAGGUUUUGACACGACGAAAGGUUCCCUCGUUAAAAGUAUUUUGUACCAACCACCAGUUGGUUCGGACUUUUACAAGGACAGUUUCAAGUUUGUUCUUGUACUGCUCACAGUUGCUGCUGCUGGAAUGGGGUAUUGCAUGUACCUUUAUAUAUCUCGAGGAGCCGCAUUCGAGGAUAUAAUUGUAAGAACUUUGGACGUUAUAACAAUAGUGGUACCACCGGCUCUACCAGCUGCAAUGGCCAUCGGUACUUCUUAUAGUCAGAGUCGUUUGAAAACACUCGGAAUUUUUUGUGUCAGUCCACCCAGAAUAAAUAUUUGUGGAAAAAUCAAAUUGGCGUGCUUCGACAAAACAGGAACUCUAACCCAUGACUCGUUGAACAUGAAUUCAAUUGUACCGUCAGUUGAUGGGCGGUUUUCACUGCCAAUAGAUAAUGUAGCAGAAUUGGAUGUAGAGAGCAAAUUUGUUCAAGGAAUGGCGACUUGUCACUCCCUAACAAGAAUUGACAACAAACUGAAUGGAGAUCCCUUGGAUAUAAACAUGUUUGAGUUCACAAAAUGGGAUUUGGAUGAACCAGGAGAUGAUGAGAACACACGUUUUGACAUGUUGGCACCUACUGUUGUCAUGCCUGGGCGAAAUAUUGGAACACCCGGUAAUAGCAAAGAUUUAGAGAUGCCCUAUGAAAUAGGAAUAAUCAAACAAUUCACGUUUUCCUCGACCACCAGCUGUAUGACAGUUAUAUGUCGCGAUCUGCGUAACCCGCGUCUGAUGGCAUUCACAAAAGGAGCCCCGGAAAAAUUACACGGCAUGUGUAUUCCCGAAUCAGUUCCGGAAGAUUUCAAUUCCAGCCUAUCCCAGUUCACUUCUCAGGGGUAUAGAGUCAUUGCUUUGGGCUAUAAGGAUCUACCGCAUAAAUUUAGAUGGAAAGAGGCCCAGUCAACAAAAAGAUCUGUUAUUGAAUGUGACCUAAUUUUUCUUGGAUUUUUGAUAAUGUACAAUCCCUUGAAAACUGAAACAGCACCUUGCAUUAGAACUCUCCAUCAAGCGAACAUAAAAACUGCUAUGAUCACAGGUGAUAAUAUUCUCACUGCCAUAUCAGUCGCAUAUGAAUGUGGUAUGGUGAAUACUGAUGACCAAGUGUAUAUUAUAUCGAUGGAAAAUACAGAUGAUAGCCCUGAAAAGGUUCCUAAAGUGAUUAUAGAAAAAGCCGGCACAAGCAGUAGCAAAGAUUAUGUCUCUCUGAACCUAGAUAAUAAUGAUUACCACUUCGCACUUGAUGGUAAAACUUGGAAUAAACUGAGGUACUUUUAUCCAGAUGUAAUACCGAGCAUUUUGGUGAGAACAACAAUUUUUGCGAGGUUUCAACCAGAUCAAAAAACUCAACUCAUUAUGAGUUUUCAAAAUCUGGAUUAUAUAGUUUCUAUGGUCGGGGAUGGUGCUAAUGACUGCGGGGCACUGAGAGCUGCACAUGUUGGGGUAUCUCUUUCCCAAGCUGAAGCAAGUGUUGCCGCCCCAUUCACUUCCUCUAUUGCAGACAUUUCCUGUUUGGUAUAUUUAAUAUUGGAGGGACGAUGUGCUCUGGUGACCAGUUUUGCCAUUUUCAAAUACAUGGCUGUGUACAGCUUGAUUCAGUUCUUCUCUGUACUCAUCUUAUAUAGGCAACAUUCCAACAUGGGUGAUUAUCAAUUUUUGUAUAUCGAUUUGAUAAUCACCACUAUUUUACCUAUAACCAUUGGCCUGCAAGGUCCGUCCAAUAAGUUGGGAACUAAAAGCCCAAUGAAAUCUUUAGUAUCCGUGAAGAAUACUGCUCCACUGAUCCUCCAAAUUGCCGUUUGCGCAUUCAUCCAAGUGUCAGUCAUUUUCUACUUAUACCAGCAACCAUGGUUUGAGCCUGUACCAAUCGCCGUAAUCGAUCCAGUUAUUGAUUGCUGGGAAAGCACGGUACUUUUCUUGGUAUCCUGCUUUCAGUAUAUAGUUUUGGCCACUGUUUAUUCGAAAGGGUUGCCCUUCCGACAGAGAUUGAUAACGAACUUUUGGUUUCUAAUCUCCGCAUUAGGCUUGACGAUAUUCACUACCUGGUUAGUGAUUUUUCCUUGUAAACAAAUGGCUGAAUUGAUGGAUGUGGUUUUCGUCCACCGAGAUGAGAAGGACAAACUAGUAUUCAGAUAUACUUUGUUGCUGUUUCCAUUGAUUCAUGUUUUUAUCGCCGUAUUUAUAGAGUUGGGAAUCAGUGACCGAAAAUGGCUAAACAGAUGUUUCAAGAUUUUGAAAUGCAAAAGAAAAUCGAAGAAUAAAUACAAGUUAUUGUUGAAAGAUUCAAGUUACCGUCCACUAAACUUUGAUGAACAAUGUCAUGACAGUAUGUCUUUCACUUCGAGAACAUCAAUCGUGAUAUGUUACUACCUCCACCAUGAAUUCAGUCCUAACAGCAAUCUACUACUACCUCAGACUUCAGACUUGAGUCUUUGUUUCCUAACUAUCGUUGCAGCAGGCGCUGUAUAGAUACCAAAGAAGAGAGUUUCUCAUGUUUUGGCCAUUUCACAGAUAUUCCAGAAAUCACAAUAUCAAUCAACAGAAACGAAUAUAUACUGAAUCCGAGAAGUUUUAUUGUAGUAAUUAUUAUUAUCAUUAGGAACAUAUUAUUUUCUCUAAGAAUAAACCACUUAAUUACCAUUGGGAAUGCACUGAAAAUACGUCAGACAACUGGGCCAACAACAAAUAAUCAAUAAAUGGAAGUACUGCCUCUCCAAUAUUGGCGUUGAGUCGGCCAGUGGCAACUUUUGUGAUUUACCAUUGAAAAAUGCCAGUAUUAAGCCAAUGCUAGUUCACUGGGAUGACAUUGCUCUGAAAGGAAUCGCCCAUGUAGUGAUAUUUGCUGGGGUUUGUAGAAAUAAUUUUGUUUGCAACUCGUGCGCGAAAUACUUUGGUAAUCUCGAAUAUUUUUAAACUCGGCUGCGCCCCAAAAAUAACUAUUUCAAAAAAUAUAUAUAAAAAAACUGUCCAACGAAACAUAAAUUAAAACUUUUGGCAAAUAACUGCUUGUAACAAUACGAACCGCACUGAAUUUCCUAAACAAACUUGAAAAAAGUGUAUAUCCAGG